UUGAGGAAGUACUUUAAUUAAAAUGCACACCUACAUGUGUCUAUUUAUGGGACUGUCUUAACAACUUAUCUCCAUCCUUUCUCUGUCUGAGUGUGAAUGAACAAAUCUGCCAGUCCUCUCUAGUCUCACACACAGGAUUUCAUAAUAAACAGGAUGACUUCUCAUCAGCCCAAACCCUUUGUCAUGGCACACACAUCCAACCAGUGGAGCUCUGGAAUCUGUGACUGCUGUCAAGACGUAGCAGAAUGUUGUUUCUCGUUUUGGUGCUUUCCCUGUUUUGCCUGUUCGGUGGCUCGUAAGCAUGGCGAGUGUCUGUGUCUGCCUGUGCUCGACUCAUUUGGAUGCAUUCCUCCAAUAACAAUGGCCAUGAGGGUAUCAGUGCGCAGUCGCUAUGGAAUCCAGGGUACUAUCUGUAAUGACUGCGUUUAUUCCACCUUCUGUGGCGUCUGCGCCUGGUGUCAGAUGUCCCGAGAAAUGAAUGUCCGUGAACACAACAUCACUCUUGUCCACAGUCGACCAAAAUAAAGGCAACUGGGCAGUCAACAACUUCCUUGCUGAUCCUCAAUAUUCUGCGCAUGCAAAAAAGGCUGUCACCUGAAAGGAUCCUCGUUGUUCUCAGUGACAUUAGAAAUGCGAGAUUGUAUUUGUUUCAUUUAAUAAAACAGUUUGAUAUAGA